AUGUCCUCGAACGGCUCCUACCCCCCAGGACCGUCCACGGCCGCCGCGGGCCCUGGCGAGGUCGGCGCGGGGAUGACGCUUGAUCCCGUCGAGCGCACCAAAACCUUUGGCAUGUCGCACCCGUUGAGAAACGAGGUCGUGGCCGCCAUCGCCGAGUUCUGCGGCACCUUCAUGUUCCUCUUCCUCUCCUUCGCCGCGACGCAGGCCGUUCUCCUCACCCGCCACGGCGCCCCUCUCGAUGCGGCUACGCUGCUGUUCAUUUCUUCGGCUUUUGGCGGUGCCAUUGCUGCUAAUGUGUGGGCGUUUUACCGCGUGUCUGGUGGCAUGUUUAACCCUGCUAUUACUCUAGGCCUCGUCCUCGUCGGCGCCGUCAAGCCCAUCCGAGGCGUAAUCGUCUUCAUCGCCCAAAUCGUCGCCGGCAUAGCAGCAGCAGCAGUCGUCGACGGCCUCCUCCCCGGCCCCCUCCUCGUGCGCAACACCCUCGGCACCGACGUGAAAGUCGUCCAGGGCCUCUUUAUCGAAGUCUUCCUGACGGCCAACCUCGUCUUCGUCGUGUACAUGCUGGCUGUCGAGAAGCACCGCGCCACCUUCAUCGCGCCGCUGGGCAUCGGCAUCGCCAUCUUCAUGUGCCACAUGGUGGGCGUGUCGCUUACGGGCACGUCGGUCAACCCCGCGAGGUCUUUCGGCCCUGCCGUUAUCGCGGGGUUCCAUGGUUAUCACUGGAUUUACUGGGUUGGACCGCUCUUGGGCGCGCUGUUGGCCUUUGCCGUGUUCAAGCUCCUUCAGGUCCUCAAUUACAGCACUUGCAAUGUGGGACAGGACGAGGAUGGACUCGGCACGUACCGCGUUGGUCCUGACAAUCAAAAUGGCCACGCACAUCCUAAUGACAAGCACCUCGUGUAA